AUGUCAUCUUCAACAAAAGAUUCUAAGACCUCUAAUCCUACUCCAAGGAGUAUCAACCCUGGUCCAAGUAAACCAGACCUUGCUGGUGUCGACUCAUCUUCAAUUUCCGGGCAGUCUAUUUCUACCUCGGGAAGAGCCGAUAUGAGCGAAGGUGAAGAUGAAUCUCCUGGUUUGAAAAGGACAGAAGCUCCUCAAAUAAAUCAGGUUGAGAUUAACGAGAUCUUAGACUUGAAAUCUGAGAUGAUGAUGAUGCAAGAGCAGAUGAAACAAAUGACUGCUAUGUUUAAAGCCGCUAUGAUUCAAACAGUCCCGCAACUUAGCACUCCUGUACCAGCUAGGAACGAUGAGGCUAACAAGGCCCAGAUUUCGGAUGAUAACAACAGCAUAACCCUGCCAACUGACGUGCAAAUGAAAGUUCAUCCGGAAGAACACACAUUUUCACCAGGACGUAACUUCCCUACCUCGAGGCCACACUCACUCGCUUCACCCUUGACUCACCAAUCCCGUCAAAGUGGUACUCCUAGUGCUUAUGGAUCUGAUAGAUCUGUUGCAUCUUACGAUGGUAUCCUUUACCAUGGAGAAGUAGUCCAUAGCGGAUUCUGGGUUGAAGGCCAUGAAGAAGCUUGUCAAAUCAUAAACGAGGCAAGACAGAGGUACCCUCAUGGGGAAGACGUCAGGGUAAUUCCAUACAUUCGAGUCCCAGACAUAGCUGUCGAAAAGGCAUUCAUGGCGUACUACGACAAACUCCUUGCCAAACAAGGGAGAACUCAAAAUGACAAUAUGGCACUCGGUCAGUAUGACAUUGCAAAACGUGUCCCUUUGAAGUUCUCCGAUGAGGAAGGUUUCAUGUUCUGGUUAAAGUCGGUUUUGUGGCACAAACACACCUACGGUGUUCCUGAUAAGCUCAUCAUUAAUGAGUUAAGGAACGGAGCUAAUUUGACGAAGUCAGAGUCGUUGAAGGACAUGAUUGAGAUGUCAUGUAAGAGUGAGGGCCCCUUUGAACAACCGGUGGUUGAUUACUUACCUAUCUUGGGCAAUGGGGGCACUCCUCCAGAAACGAACCAAGUUACUGAUGUUAUGACUGCUAUCCAUGAUGCUUUGAAAAAGAAACAUAAUCCUAGAGUGAAAAUGACCAUUAUUGGUAUUGCUGUCAAAAAGUAUUUGAGGAUCACCAAUACAUCUCACCUAGCACAGAAAACGACGGAAAAGGUAGCUGCCGUGGGAUGA